AUGGAGCGGGCUAAUCGAGGGCGGAGAUGGGCCAAUUUAAAGCAACGGCUAGGAUUGAAGGGGAUGGGGUGCUGUAGAGGUUCAUGGAGUCCAACAUCGUCAACUUUGACAAUGAUUGAAGGGUUUAGCUUAAGCCUCCAUGGAAGCAGCCGCAGUCAAAGAGAAGAUGGGGGUCGGAGCUCAGCAGCUUCCGGUAUGAACUUGGCGAUGGCUCUGGCGGCGGAGAGAAAUUUGAGGAGUGACGAAGGAGGCCCCACGGGCGCUAGUGAUGUGAAAUCACUGAUGAGAUUGUUUGAAGAAAUGGACGGUGGGGAUUGGAAAACAAAACGAAAGGAAGGUGAGAAUAACGGUGAUUGGAUGUGCUGCGUGUGCAUGGAAAGGAGUAAAGGCGCGGCUUUUAUUCCCUGUGGACACACCUUCUGUAGGGUAUGUUCUAGGGAAUUAUGGCUUAACAGAGGCACGUGUCCCAUCUGCAGCCGUUCGAUCAUUGAGAUUCUUGACAUUUUUUAA